AUGAAUCUAGACUGCUCAUUCACCUGGACUGUUCUCUUCUUCGUCGCUGCAUCCGCACACCUCACUUCUACGCGUAUUUCAACUAUCAUCUUCAUGAGUGCUCCCAGUUCACAGCCAGAGUUGCACGAGACUCCGAAUACGACGCCACCUGUGAUGUCAGCUACUGCCACACCCAAUCCUGAUGACUUUUUAAGCGCCGAAAAUAGACCAGAAAACGAAGUUUCAAAUGAAGAACCUGAACCUAUGGAAGUAGACCCCAAUGAAUCUGAAGCUAUCAAUGGCCAAGAAAACAAAGACAAAAGUAUAAACGGACAAGACCAAAGCGAAGCAAUGGAGGAAGAUGAACCAGAAGACUCCGAAUCAACACUUUCACUUCCUAUUUCCAAGAUCAAGAAGAUAUUUAAGAUGGAUCCAGACUACGUAUCUGCCUCAUCUGGUGCUCUCUAUGCCACUGGCUUGGCCACAGAACUCUUUGUGCAAUAUUUGGUGGAGCAGGCUUCUGUAAGCGCACGAAUGGAGAAGAGGAAAAAGUUGCAAUACAAGGACUUCAGUUCAGCAGUGUCAAUGCAAGAGGCACUUCAUUUCUUAAGCGACACAGUACCUAAAUCCCAACCUAUUGGAGAACUCAUACAGCAACAGAAAAUCAAUGUAAAUACAGAUCAACCAGAUAUUUUUGCCGAUGACUCUACGAAAGAACAAGACAACAAUACUCCAGUGCCAACGUUGCCGAAGGGCCAACAGACUUUGUCGUUUGGUGCCCCAAACCCAGCGCCUGUCAAGAAGGCAGUUAUACAAAAUCUCAUGGCAGACGACAAUGAAUAA